AUGUCGAUUAAAAUAACCUUUUCAAAGCAAGGAAACAUUGUACCUUAUGGUCCAAUUUUAUUGGCACACUAUAUUAAUUCUAAGCAAGAAAUUUUGGAUAAACUUGUAAUUGAAUGGAAUGUUGAUGCAAAUUCUGAAAGCAGUGUUACUCUGGAGACUAAUGAUGAUGUGGCAAAAUAUUUGGCCAAGCACUUUAAUUUGAUAAAUUUGCAUGGUGAUAAUGAAUUGAUAACAAAGCAGAUUGAUCAAUGGAUAGAUUAUUCAAUUGAUAAUUUGGAAACUACAGAUUUCAAGAAACUUGAUAAAGCAUUGGAUGAAAUCAAUCACCAUUUAACAUUAAGAACUUUUUUUGUUCAAUACAAUUUUACAUUGGCAGAUAUUAUUAUAUGGGGAGCAUUGAAAAGAGUGCAUAUUGUUAGAUGGUUUAAUUACAUCGGAUCAUUAGAUUUUGUACAAAAUAGUAUCAGUUGGACAACUAAAGCAAUUUCAUCAACUAAAGUAUCAGAUCAACCAAAUAUGAAUAUUGAACUUGUAAAUGCACAAGUUGGAAAAGUUGUAACGAGAUUUCCACCUGAACCAAGUGGUUAUUUACAUAUUGGUCACGCAAAGGCUGCCAUGUUAAAUCAGUAUUUUGCUCAAGAAUAUAAAGGAAAAUUGAUUGUUAGAUUUGAUGAUACAAAUCCAAGUAAAGAAAAGGAAGAAUUUGAAGAUUCAAUAAAAGAAGAUUUAGAAUUAUUAGGAAUUCGACCAGACGAAAUAACUUACACUUCAGAUCAUUUUGAAGAACUUUAUAAUUAUGCAACUGAAUUGAUUAAAAAAGGUUUAGCCUAUGUCGAUGAUACUGAUGUAGCAACGAUGAGACAAGAACGUAUGGAGGGAAUUCCAUCAAAAAAUCGUGAUUCAUCUGUUGAUGUGAAUCUUAAAACAUGGAAAGAGAUGAAAGAGGGAACUGAUUCUGCAUUGAGUUAUUGUUUGAGAGCUAAGAUUGAUAUGAGCAAUCCAAAUAAAGCUCUUAGAGACCCUGUUAUUUACAGAUGCAACAAAUUAUCUCAUCAUCGCACUGGUAAUAAAUGGAUAGUUUAUCCAACCUAUGAUUUCGCAUGUCCUGUAGUUGACUCAAUUGAAGGUGUUACUCACGCAUUAAGAACUAAUGAGUAUAGAGAUCGUAAUGCGCAAUAUUAUUGGUUUAUCGACUCUCUAAACCUAAGAAAAGUUCAUGUUUGGGACUUUAGUCGUAUGAAUUUUGUAUACACCUUAUUGUCUAAACGUAAAUUACAAUGGUUUGUUGACCAAGGAUAUGCAAGUGGUUGGGAUGAUCCAAGGUUUCCUACUAUUAGAGGGAUCAGACGAAGAGGCUUGAAAGUGGAAGCAUUAAAACAAUAUAUUUUGUCGCAAGGAGCUUCUCAAAAUGAUGUCAUGUUGGAAUGGGAUAAACUCUGGGCACUUAAUAAAAAGAUUAUUGAUCCAAUUGCACCUAGACAUACAGCUAUACUUGAACAAGAUGUCGUAAAAGUUAAAAUAUUAGAAGGGCCUGAAAAUGUUCAAUUUAAAUUGAUGCCAAAACAUAAAAAAAAUGCAAAUAUUGGAUCAAAAAAAACCUGGUACGCUCCAAACAUCUUGGUUGAACAAGAAGAUGCUAAAUCUUUUGAAUUGAAUGAAGAGAUUACAUUAAUGGAUUGGGGUAACGCGAUAGUAAAAUCGAUUAUAAAAUCACCAGAAAACCCUGAUAAAAUCAAUUCAUUAGAAGUAAAACUACAUUUGGAAGGCGAUUUCAAAAAAACCAAAAAGAAAAUCACUUGGUUAUCAGAUUUUUCUUCAACACAAAAAUCGGAAACUCAUGAUAAUUACCAACAUAAUGUUGAAAUUGAAUUAAUAGAUUAUGAUUAUUUGAUUAAUCGACGUAAAUUGGAAGAAGCUGAUAAAAUUGAGGAUUGUAUAACUGAGAAAACCGAGUUUAUUGAAAAGGCUAUUGCAGAUUCAAACAUUAAGGAUUUAAAGAAAGGCGAUAUCAUUCAAUUUGAACGUAAAGGUUUUUACAUACUAGACAAUAAUAUUACUUCUACUUUAACAACAAUCCCUAAAUUUAUUUAUAUACCUGAUGGUAAAGCAAAGACUAUGGCGUCAAAGGCAAAUUGA